AUGUCGACAUACCCUGAUGGAACUCAAUCUACUCCCUUGCUAAAUACUACACUUAUUGGAAACACAUCGAAGCAUGUUUCGGAACAGUUUUUGUUUUUAGAAUCUAAAUGGGCUCAAGUAUUUACAGGACUAGUUGCAUUUACCGCAAUUGUCAUUACUUGUCAUCAAAUUUAUUUACAUCUUAUUAAUUAUACUUGUCCAAAUGAACAAAGAUGGGUUGUACGAAUAUUAUUCUAUGUACCAAUUUAUGCAUUUGAAUCAUGGUUAAGUUUAUUAUUUUUAAAACAUGAAGAUUAUUAUGUGUAUUUUGAUUCUGUACGAGAUUGUUAUGAAGCAUUUGUUGUCUACAGUUUUUUAAGUUUAUGCUAUGAAUAUCUUGGUGGAGAAAGUUGCAUUUUGUCGGAAAUUCGUGGUCGUGAAUUACCACGUUCAUGGGCAUAUUGCACUUGUUGCAUUUAUGGUCAAACGUAUACAAUUGAAUUUCUACGAUUUUGUAAACAAGCAACUUUACAAUUUUGUGUAAUUAAACCAUUAACAUCAAUUGUGACUAUUAUUCUUCAAGCGAUUGGCGUAUAUAAACAUGGCAUAUUCAGCGCUACCAAUGGUUAUUUAUAUGUAACAGUAGUUUAUAAUGCAUCAGCAUUUGUAGCAUUAUAUGCUUUAGUUCUAUUCUAUUUAGCUACUCGUAACAUUCUACAACCAUUUGAUCCUGCUAUCAAAUUUGCUGUUGUUAAAUCAGUGGUCUUCUUAUGUUUUUGGCAAGGUGUUAUAUUAGCUAUUCUUGAAAAAGCUGAAGUUCUACCGGCUUUACCAAAUACCAAUGCUGGUACAGUUGCUGCAGGUAUACAAAAUUUCCUUAUUUGUUUGGAAAUGUUAAUCGCUGCAAUUGCUUUACGUUUUGCCUUUCCUUCACAAUUAUAUACUGAUGAUGGAGUUGCAAAUGGACAUACAACUACUAGUGGUUAUGAUAGUCUUGGAGGUGUAGUUGGUAAUAGUGAUGUUUAUCUUGAAUCGAAGAAACGUGGAUUUCUUCCUUCGUCGGAUUCUUUACGUAGUUUACGUGAUACAUUCAAUCCGAAAGAUAUGUUCAAUGAUGCUAUACAUAAUUUUCAUCCAAAUUAUCAAAAAUACACUCAACAACGUAAUCCUAAAGAUGAUUAUGGCGAUGAUGAAACGACGGAUUCAUAUCAAGUUGAUAGUAGUACAUUUAAUGAUAAUCGUACUGAUCGAACUGAUAUUCCAUCAACCGUACCAGCUCCACCGAUGCCACCGCCUCCAUUCUAA